AUGGGGAAUGGCAUGACCAAGGUACUUCCUGGACUCUACCUUGGAAACUUCAUUGAUGCCAAAGACCCUGAUCAGCUAGGCCGGAAUAAGAUCACACACAUCAUCUCUAUCCAUGAAUCACCCCAACCUCUGCUGCAGGAUAUCACUUACCUUCGAAUCUCAGUCGCUGAUGCUCCUGAGGUACCCAUCAAAAAGCACUUCAAAGAAUGUGUCAACUUUAUCCACGGUUGCCGCCUCAAUGGGGGUAACUGCCUUGUACACUGCUUUGCAGGUAUAUCUCGAAGUACCACCAUUGUGAUCGCCUAUGUGAUGACGGUGACUGGACUAGGCUGGCGGGAAAUACUUGAAGCCAUCAAGGCCACCAGGCCCAUCGCCAACCCAAACCCAGGCUUUAGGCAGCAGCUUGAGGAGUUUGGCUGGGGAAACUCGCAGAAGCUUCGCCGGCAGUUGGAGGAGCGCUUCGGGGAGAGCCCGUUCCGCGACGAGGAGGAAUUGCGUACGCUGCUGCCUCUCUGCAGGCGCUGUCGCCAGGGUUCGGCGACCUCCGCCACGUCGGCCACAGCGUCCUCCGCCGCUUCCGAGGGAACCCUGCAGCGCCUGGUGCCACGGGAAGCCCACCGGCCGCUGCCGCUGCUGACCCGCGUCAAACAGACUUUCUCCUGCCUCCCGCGGUGCCUGUCGCGCAAGGGCGACAAGUGA